AUUUGAUUGGUUGAGAGGCUAUUGACGCGGCCAAACCUUCUUUACGUUAGGCAAGACCGAGAGCGUUCCAGAAAAUAUCAACGAGAGAGGAAUAGCUUUGCAACGUUCCAUCAACCGAAGAUGAUCGAGGUGGUUUGCAACGAUCGCCUGGGCAAGAAAGUCCGGGUCAAGUGCAACUCAGAAGAUACCAUUGGAGACCUGAAGAAGCUCAUUGCUGCACAGACAGGAACACGACACGAUAAGAUUGUCCUGAAGAAAUGGUAUACCAUAUUCAAGGACCACGUGUCUCUCGGUGAUUAUGAAAUCCAUGAUGGGAUGAACCUGGAGUUGUACUACCAGUAGACGAGAAGUGGACCAAAAGUCAAACAUGCUUAGACAAGACCUUGCUACAAAAACACACACCCAAACACACAAGAAUGGAAUUUGAGGCUGGAAACCUCCUUAAUCUGACAGAAUGUCUGGAGGAGAUAAAAAGCGUCGGACACAGACCAGAAAACAUGCUGACGUUACAUAGAUCCGAGUUUCUGUUGUUGAUUUUUGCCCACAAAUUAUGUUAAGGAAUUGUUGUUGCUCUCCAGUUAUUUUGUUUUGAUAUUUUAGAAAUAAAUGUGAUAAACCCA